UUUUUUUGGGGCAACACCACGGAACUUUCUUUCUUGCUUAUUUCAGUCAGUCAACGUUUGUGUGUUAGUGUGUGACACAUAUCUUCUUUGUUAAUUAUUCCUCCUUAUCAAAAAAGCUCUGCCAUCUCCCAGCAAGAAAAAAAAACAAUGACUUCUUCUUCUACUGCUUUAGCUCUUUUGGCUCCUCCUUCUUCUUCGCCUCGUAAUUGGAUACAUCAUGUUUUCCCAAGCUUCCAUGGGCCAGAUGUACGCAAAACCAUUCUCAGCCACAUCGUCAAAGAGUUCAGGAGCAAAGGAAUCGACCUAUUCAUUGACAAUGAUAUAGAGAGAAGUAAGUCCAUCGGUCCUGAGCUCGUAGAAGCUAUUAGAGGAUCCAGGAUUGCUAUUGUCUUGCUCUCGAUGAACUACGCCUCUUCCACAUGGUGCUUGAACGAGCUUGUUGAGAUCAUCAAGUGCAGAGACGAACUGGGUCAAACGGUGAUGUCACUUUUCUAUGAAGUGGAUCCAACUGAUAUAAAAAAGCAAACUGGUGAUUUUGGGAAAGUCUUCGAAGAAACUUGUAAAGGUAAAACAGAGGAGGAGAUCCAAAGGUGGAAACAUGCUUUGACGGAAGUGGCCCAAAUCGCAGGUUACCAUUCAAAGAAUUGGGAAACUGAAGCAGAGAUGAUUGAAGCUAUUGCGACUGAUGUAUCAAACAAGUUGAACCUUUCCGCACCAUCAAGUGAUUUCAACAGCUUAGUUGGGAUGGAAUCUCAUAUGACAAAAAUGGAACCAUUGUUAUCGCUAGGUUCGGAUGAAUCGGUGAGGAAAAUAGGGAUUUGGGGUCCCCCUGGGAUUGGUAAGACCACCAUUGCUAGAUAUAUAUUAAGCCAAUACUCCAAAGAUUUCCAAACGAGUGUCUUUAUAGAUAAUAUCAGAAGAAACUAUCCAGCACCAGCUUGUUCCGAUGACUACCGUGUGAAGUUGGAUUUACAGAAGCAUUUUAUGUCUCAACUAACCAAUGAUAAGGAUAUCAGGGUUCCACAUUUGGGAGUUGCCAAGGACAGGUUGAAAGACAAGAAAGUUCUUGUUGUCCUUGAUGAUGUGGAUCAGUCAGUACAAGUGGAAGCCAUGACAAACGAAGCUUGGGUUGGGCCUGGGAGUUUGAUUAUUAUUACAUCACAAGAUCAAAAGGUCUUAAAAGAAAGUAGGGUCGACCAUAUACACGAGGUGGAUUUACCAUCAUAUGUUGAGGCUCUUCAAAUCUUCUGUAUUCAGGCUUUCGGUCAAAAAUACCCAAAUGAUGGUUUCAGGGAGUUUGCUAGUGAAGUUACUAGUCUUGUAGGUAAACUUCCGUUGGGUCUAAAGGUUAUGGGAUCCUAUUUUCGGGGAAUGUCCGAACAAGAUUGGACAGUGGCACUACCAAAGUUAAGGUCUCACCUUGAUCGAGAUGGAAAAAUUGCAAGCAUAUUAAAGUUUAGUUAUGAUGCUUUAAAUUAUGAAGAUAAAAGUUUAUUUCUUCAUAUAGCCUGCUUUUUCCGUUUGGAAGUAGUUCAUAUAGUGGAAAGCUGUCUUGAAAAAUCUUUUUUGGAUGUGAGACAAGGGCUUCACGUCUUAUCUCAAAAAUCUCUCAUAAAUACUGAAGACGGAAGGAUAGAAAUGCCUAAGUUGCUAAUCCAACUGGGAAGAGAAAUUGUGCGACAAGAAUAUCCAACUGAACCUGGAAAGCGGCAGUUUUUGAAUGAUGCAAAGGAUAUUGCUAAAGUACUUAGUGAUGAUAAAGCUGGUAAUAGCAGUGUCAUAGGAAUAUAUUUUGAUCACAAUAAGGAAAUAACAUCAUCGACAUGUGAAAGAGCCUUUGAAAGAUUUUCUAAUCUUCAAUUCUUAAAUAUCGAUGGCGAAUGCAUUAAUCCACGAAGUCUGAACAACAUAUCCCGAGAACUUAAAGUAUUAAAAUGGUCGGAGUUCCAGAUGACAUGUUUUCCUUCAAGUUUUAAUCCAGAGUUCCUAGUCAAACUAGAAAUGGAGGAUAGCAGGCUUGAGAAACUGUGGGAAGGAAAUAAACCGCUCAGCAAUCUCAAGUCGAUGAGUUUGAGUGAUUCAGAAAGAUUGAAAGAGCUUCCUGAUCUCUCAACUGCCGCUAAUCUGUAUUACUUGAAUCUCAGUCAUUGUUCAAGCCUGGUGGAGCUCUCUUCCUCUAUUGGGAGUGCAAUCAAUCUCCAGAGAUUGAAUCUCAGUGGUUGUUCAAGCCUGGUGAAACUCCCUUCGUCCAUUGGGAAUGCAACUAAUCUCGAAAAAUUGGAUCUCAGACAUUGCUCAAGUCUGGUGGAUCUCCCUGCCUCUAUGAGAAAUCUUGGUAGAUUGUGGAAACUGAAAUUAGAGGGAUGCUCAAAGUUAGAGGUUAAUCUGGCCAACAUCAACUUGGAAUCUCUCAAUGAUCUCGAUCUCUCAGGUUGCUCUUUGUUGAAAAGCUGUACUGAGAGUUCAACAGAAAUUGAAGAGCUUGAUCCAUGGAGAGGGAGAAUAGGUCGAAUUGUACUAAGCGGAAUGAAGAAGCAGGUAUCACUCCUACCGCUUGUUGUAGGAGAACAUCUAUCAGAUUGGCUUUUGUUGAAAAGUUAUCAUGAGAGUUCCACAGACAUUCAAGAGCUAGUAGAUCCAUGGACCAGAGGGAGAAUAUCUGGUCUAAAGUUUCUUAAACUAAAUGGAAUGAAGAAGCUGGUAUCACUCCCACCUCUUCCAGAUUCGGUAUGUCAUUUAGAUGCAGAAAACUGUGAGUCAUUGGAGAGACUAGAUUGCUCCUUUGGCAACCCAGAUAUUCGUCUAAACUUCCGUAACUGCUUCAAACUAAAUCAAGAAGCAAGAGAUCUCAUCAGCCUGACGCGGACUAAUGAUUAUGCAGUCUUUCCCGCUGAAGAAGUGCCUCUGUGCUUCACUCACCGAUCUUCUGGCAGUUCCUUAAUGAUACGGGAAAGUAGCUCAGCAGACACGUCAUCACGACACGUCAGAAGUGAGAGGGAGCGUAACAAAAGAAGAAAGAAACUUCUUCUUUUGUUACGCUCCCGAAGGUAGAAGAAAGAAAGAGAAAAAUAACAAGGAAAUAUUCUUAAUAAUUUUGUUUUCCUAGCACAACUCUGUUUUUAUAACAAACUUUUGUUACGCUCCCUCUCACUUCUGACGUGUCGUGAUGACGUGUCUGCUGAGCUACUUUCCCGUAUCAAAUCCUUCCCCUCUCGAAAACCUUGUCCUCAAGGUUUAAAUAAUGGAAAACGCCUCUCCAGAUCAAAAAGAAGUUCCCACGAAGCUUCAUCCUCAGGCUUAUUCUUCCACUUCACAAGCACCAUAGUAGCUGCACGAUUCUGCCUUUGUACCAUUUUCCUUUCCAAGAUCAACUCAGGUUCCUUAAUCUGAUCUUCAUUCACAACAGAGGGCAAUGCUGUUGAUGUCUGAACAUUCCCCACCACCAUCUUCAAUUGAGAAACAUGAAAUACAGGAUGAACUUUGGAUUGCUCUGGAAGUCGCAGCUUAUAAGCAACUUUCCCACACCGAUCAAUGACUUCGUAUGGACCAUAAUAUUUUGGUGCCAACUUUUGGUUAGAACGAACAAAAACUGAGUUCUGCCUGUAAGGUUGUAGUUUAACAAACACAUAAUCUCCAAUGUUGAAGGUUCUAUCAGUACGAUGUUCAUUGGCGACUUGCUGCAUACGGUGUUGAGCUCUCAUAAGAUGAAAUUUCAGUAUCAGCAUCAUCUUUUCUCUUUCUUCCAAAGACCGUGCCACAACUGCUACUUUAGACU